CUGGCUGAAGACAGAUAAUUCCCGCACACAGCCACUUGUGACGAUGGCGGCCAAUGAGGUAGAUGUUUUCGCACAUGAAGAAAAGCGAACACUGGAGCUCGGAGGUCAUGUGGGGUUUGACAGUCUUCCAGAUCAGUUAGUCAGCAAAUCAGUUGCACAGGGAUUCUGCUUCAACAUCCUCUGCGUAGGUGAGACAGGGAUAGGCAAGUCAACAUUAAUGAACACUCUUUUCAAUACAACAUUUGAAAAUGAGGAAGCCAGCCACUAUCAGAGUGAGGUGCAGCUACGCCCACAAACCUAUGAUCUGCAGGAGAGCAAUGUCAACCUCAAGCUGACUGUUGUGCACACUGUGGGGUUCGGAGACCAGAUCAACAAAGACGAAAGCUAUAAACCCAUUCUUGAGUAUAUUGAUGCCCAGUUUGAAAGGUAUCUUGAGGAGGAGCUAAAAAUAAAACGCUCCUUGUUUAACUGCCAUGACACAAGAAUCCACAUCUGCCUGUAUUUCAUCGCUCCCACCGGACACUCCCUGAAGUCCCUUGAUCUCGUCACAAUGAAGAAACUGGACAGCAAGGUAAACAUCAUCCCCGUCAUUGCAAAGGCAGACACGGUAUCUAAGAGCGAACUGGACAAGUUAAAGAUCAAGAUCAUGAGUGAGCUGGUCAGUAAUGGAGUGCAGAUUUACCAGUUCCCAACAGAGGAUGAAGCUGUUGCAGAGAUCAACACCUCCAUGAAUACUCACCUUCCCUUUGCUGUGGUUGGAAGCGUAGAUGAUGUUAAAGUUGGAAAUAAGAUGGUGAAAGCGAGGCUGUACCCCUGGGGUUCAGUACAGGUGGAGAAUGAAAACCAUUGUGAUUUUGUGAAGCUGAGGGAGAUGCUAUUGCGUGUGAACAUGGAGGAUCUCCGAGAGCAAACUCACGCUCGACACUAUGAGCUCUACCGUCGCUGCAAGCUAGAAGAGAUGGGCUUCAAGGACACAGACCCGGACAGCCAGUCGUUCAGCCUUCAGGAGACAUAUGAAGCCAAGAGAAAGGAGUUCCUUGUUGACCUACAGCGCAAAGAAGAGGAAAUGAGACAGAUGUUUGUAAACAAAGUGAAGGAGACUGAGGCAGAGCUGAAAGAAAAGGAAAAAGAGCUUCACGAGAGGUUUGAGCAGCUCAAGCGGAUGCACCAGGAAGAGAAGAAGAAUCUGGAGGAGAAAAGACGAGAGCUGGAGGAGGAGAUGAAUGCCUUCAAUAGAAGAAAGGUUGCAGCUGAGACACUGAUGGGUCAGGCACUCCAAGGCUGCUCGCAACCAUUCAAGAAGGACAAGGACAAGAAGAACUUCUUUAGUCUCCCAUCUGCGUGCUCCCUAACCUCAGGAAGGAAUUUGAAUUAGAAGACUUUCUACCACAUCACAACAUCACAGACUAACUAUCAAGUUUAUUAUUUUUUACAAUGUGAAAUAACAGUUUUAUAGAAAUGCACUUAACAUUUCUGGAAGCGAUUUAGCCUGAAGUCUUCCAUGUCUACUAAACUUCUUUAAGCAGCUCUCUGUAGCAUGGUCUCUGCAUGGCUCCUAACCUGCAUUCCUAAAAGUGUUAAAUAUCUUCAUUGCCAAAAUCUCAGUUUUUGUACUAAAUGUGCUACCUUCAUUUAUCUGCCAUGUUAUGCUUGUAGUUUUUGACUGAUGACAAUUUACACUGUGAAAGAUUUAUUAUAAAGUGACAUGAUACUGCUGUUAAAUGUUGUACGGCUUGUACAUAACAUUAUGAUUUAUAAGCACUUUAAAUACAGUAAGUCAUAGUACAUAUACUAUCUAUAAUCAUUAUGAAGGUUUAUCAUGCUAACA